AUGUCACUAAAGAUCUCUCCGGUUGACAAUAUCGACAAGGCUAAAGCAUUAUGGAGAGCUGCUUACGUUUCAAUGAAAAAAUUGGAGUCGGUUUAUCAUGGUGGUAAAGCCAUCAAGACAGUUUUCAGUUACGAAGCCUACGGGCACAGAUUAAGGCUGAAAGAAAUACUGCAUAAGCUUAUGUUCUUGGAUUUUGGACUAAAUGCGCGUCGAUCUGAGGAGCUUAUUUGGCGAAAAGUGUUUUACGAACCUUUUUUCCUGUUCAAACUUUAUGUAAAAGAAAAUGAUCAACAAGAUCGUGUUGCUGUGUUUGAAGAAUCACUUGUUGUCCACAUCCUUAGUGCGAUUGGGUACUAUCAGUCUUUGAUUUUAGCUGUACAAUCUGAAGCAAGUGAAACACACCCUGCUGAUUUUUGUACAUGGAUUCCAGUUGCUUUUCAUAUCCCUCUGUACUGUGGGUUGGUUUUCGAGUUUGAAACAAGGCCGAAAUUUUCUGAAGAGAACAGAAAUGCUGCUAAGAAACUGAUACACAAGUGCUUGACGAAUAUUGGGGAUCUUUUUCGCUAUUUAAUUGAUCUUGGUGAUGUAAAUGCCAAACGACUUGCUUACCGAUACUACAAAGCUGCCUUUUACUUUGAUCCUCUUAUGGGGCUACCACAUAACCAGCUGGGUAUUCUAGAUGUCGGGCGCUGCUACGGCUUAAAUGCUGUUUUUCAUUAUUUACGUUGUUUGACGUCGGAUUUUCCAUUCGACGGUGCCAAAGGAAAUCUUCUCACUGUAUUAGCUAAAAAUGAGGUUCGUUAUGGUAGAAUUAUCCGUGAAAACCCAUCUAGAAGUUCACGCAUCAGAUAUGCCUCUUAUUUCAGACCAAAAGAUUUUCGGAAGACUAUCAUGAAGUUCAUCUAUCUAAUUCAACAAUUUCUAAAGCCUGAAGAAUCUAGGGACCCCGGACUAGAGAACAUUUUUCAAGAUAUACUUACUGAAUUGCAUUCUGCCUUAUUAUUGACUGAUCAUUUGACGAUAAAGUCUGUAAAUCCUAUCAGUCAACCGCGUACCGACUGUAAAAAUUUAAAGCUCAACGAAAUUCAUCAAGGUAAUCCAGACGAAGUAGAUGAAGCAUCCGAUCAGUUGACAGGACCUAUUUUUAUUAGAAUGCUACUUAUUUCCAUGCUUACUUACGAAUAUACAAGUCAGUUAAAAUCACAACCAGGUCUUAAGGAAUCAGACGCAGGAGAACUGGAAGAAGUCUCAAAUAUACCAGACCAUCCUGAUAAAAUUGACGAUAUUGUGGUUUCAAGCAGUUCAGCAACUAAUGAAGUUAUAAAAACCAACCAGGUUGUCCCUCCCACUAACUCUUCAUCUUUAGUAACUGAUAAAUAUGAUUCAUUAUCAACUUCUAUCUUACCGGAUAUUUAUGGACCGUUAUCUUUUACUCUGUCUAUCGGAGAAGUUUUUGUAACACAUGUUUGUAGGCAAAUCUAUCAUCAUCUGGGUCAAUACAUGGAAGGACCUAAAAAUAAGUCAACAAAGUCAGACGCAAAUGUCAAUUCUGACUUCGCUGCAUCCUCUAAACCUUCAGAUAAGCAGAAUUGUCAACAUGUUAUAACGGAUAAAUUACCAUCUGAUAAUGUUUCAUCAACUGGAAUACUGUCGGAGAUUGCAGCGGAUACUGGCAGUCCUGAAGGUGAUCAAGAGGAUUCAAAUGAUGUUCAAUGUACGGGAGUAAACUCACAUGAAAGCCUACAUUACAGUACAGACAAUGAUGAGGAUGAUGAAGACCAGAUAAGAUCAAGAUUCUGUCGAUGCUCUUCAGAUGAUGAUUCAGAACAUGAAUUCCUACAACGAGUAUCUGAUGAUGAUGAUGAUGAUGAUGACGAUGAUGAUGAUGAUGAUAAUGAGUCUGAUACAGAUUUUUGGGGUUCCGAUGACUCUAGUUUAUUACAUUCACAAGAUGAAAUCAACUCUACAGAUACUCCUUCCGAUGAUGAUAUAGACGUCUUCUCUGAUGAUCGUUUGAGACGUGCUUCCAAGCUUAAUCACUUUGAAACUCAUAGAAAAACAAAACAAAUUAAAUCUGAUAAUGCAUCAUCGAAACGUCUAUCAAAAUCCAAGGAUCCUAAUAAUAAAUUGGGUUGUAUAUCUGAGGAAGAAAUUGGAGAUGAAGGCAAAUUAGAGAAGAACGAAGAAUUGGCUGAACAUCCAGUUUCUAAAGAUACUGAACAACCAACAUAUCAUGAUUGUACUGUUGGUUCUAUGGACAAGAAUAUCAACUAUUCUCCAAAAUAUCAUCAAGAAGCUAUGACUGAGAGUAUAUCAAAUCCUUGUGAUACAUUCAAUAAAGAGUUAUAUGAUCCAAAUAAAGAUAUAAUGACACGUAUCAAUCUAUUCAAUCGACUUUAUUUACUAUCAGCUGUUAAAUUGUUUCUGGAUUGGUUAUCAAGUUCACAGUUUAAACAAAUGAAUAUAUCAACAGUACAAAAUAUGAAUUCAAUUUUAAUUCCUGAUGGUUGUAUUAAAUCACAGAGAUUUAGUCGUGCUAGUAGUAUUUGGCAAGCAUCUGUAGAAAGAUUUUUAUCACAAUUAAUACCUUUGUUAAACAGUGUUUAUCCAUUAUAUGAAACAGUAUCACAUGAAUUAUUCUGCAACAAAUUGAUUAAUGCUUCAAAUGUAUACAACAAUAAUCAUUUCGAUGAAAAAGAACGUAUAAAUACGGAUUCUUGUCCACAUUUCAUUGAUCCAAAUACCAAUGUUGAAAGUAAUUCUAGCAUUAUGGAUAACUUGUCCAUUGGUGGUUCUCAAGCAGUACUAAAAUUGAUUUCACAUCAAGUAGUUGACUUGAAUCAAUUUUCGUCUAAUACACCAGAUGAAUUAGAACAAGCUGCUGAUGACGACAAUAAUAAUCAUAAUAAUAAUAAUAAUACGAAAGAGAAGAAGAAUAGAAAGGGAGAGUUCCACAUUUAUCCCUUACCAGAGGAUUGGCUACUACUUGGUUUACCAUCAAUGAGUUCUAUUCAUGAUCAAAUUGAUUUUCGCAAUGCAUACAGAUCCUCGUAUACUGACGUGGAUGAGACUAUAUUACGCUGUAUCUCGCUUACAUUUCAUGGGCGUAAUUUGACCGUAAACAGCCCUAAACUAGGCUUGGAUUUUACGUUCGAUGCUUCUACAACAAACAAUCAUCGACCUUUCAAGUGUGAUAUUUCACUAUCUAAUCCAUAUGGUCCUUUAUAUUCUCAUCAUUCCAACUGGUCACAUUCAAAUCGUCGCCGACGUCGUGGUCGUCGAUACCAACGAUUUUAUCCUAUUUACGGAAGAGGUGAUCGCUACAGUUCUUCCAGUCCUAAUACUAGUUAUCAACAUCGCAGAAAUGAUAAUCGCAGUUCAUACAUACCUCGUAGAGGCCAAUCUCAUCGGGAUCAUCCUAGAUACUCAAGUUCUAUCAGAGGAUAUAAGUCAUAUUCUGAUUCAUAUCGUAAUAGUCAUUCACAACAAGGUGAUAGACGUCGCAAUAUUUGGGAUCCAACAGAAUCUGCUGAUUGUCUAAAGGUUGCUUCUAAGUCUGAUGUUCGUGACUCUACCUGCAGAAGUAAUACACAAAAAUCAGAUUUAUCACCUAUCAAAAGUGAUAAAGUCUUCAGUGAAGACCAAAUUAUUGAUUCAACAGAAACUAAUCAGUCACGUCGUGAUCAAGCAAUGAGAAAUAUGGCACGUCUUCGAUUAUUAAAUGAAGUAGAUCAGUUGGCACGUCAAUUUCGUAAUCAAUCUCCUCUUCCAUCAAAUAAUAAUAAUAAUAGUAUUGGUAGUAAUGCUGUAUUCGGCCAACACAAUUCACAAUCAAUUAUGAAGGGGGAAGAAAUGUUGGAAUUUGAUAUCACUAAAAGUUUCUUAUCACCUUUCCUUGUAAUCGAUGCCUAUUGUCUAACUAGUCAUUUAUCUAUGAUAAAACAGUUGGUCAAUUCAAAUCGCUUUAUUCUAAUUGUACCACAAACAGUUAUUUCUCAUUUGGAUUACCUGAAGAAGACAUUGGCUAGUGCAAGAGUAGCUAUACGUUAUCUUGAACAUGAAACACAUGGAGGUAACAGGUAUCUUCGAUUACAAAAACCAGAUGAAAUACCAAACAGACCUAUUCAACUUCUUCGUCAAGAUGCAGCCCAUGAUGAUACUCAAGCAUUAGUUAAAGACAUUGAAGAAGAUGAAGCAAAGAUUGCAUCUGGUCAAAACGUGAAUCUUCGUGUUGUUAGAAGAUGGCUUAGCAUUCUUGAUUGUGCAUCUUAUUUUGCACAGACAUUAAGGGAUACAGAUAAGUCUUGCAAUACAAUAUCUUCUGAAAACAAUAUCAAUACUAAGACUUUAAAACUUACUGAACAAGAAAUUGAUACAACUGAACACUUCCUCAAUAUCGGACCUCCAUAUUGUGACCUACUAUCUAAAGAGUUUAGUACUUUUGAAUUGAAUGAUGUAUCAACUACGAAAACAGCACCAGUUACCAUUUUAAUUGGAUUCAGAAACACAUCACCUGAGGAUACAAUACUUCCUAAAGAGUUUUUAACGCUUACAACUAAUCAUGGUGUUCGACUGGAACUAAUCCGCUCUUUCAUUCAACGUUGGAAAACAAUGAAGACUUGA